AAAAGAAAACAGUUUUCCAGGCCAACGUGAUCUGAAGUGUAGAAUCACACAUUCAAAAACUUGAUUCAUCCCUAAGGAGUAUUAAAUAUAAUAACUCAUAUCAAACUAUCAUUGUGGAUGGCGAUGCUGUGAGCAGGAAGUCGAUUUCUCAACAAAUCUGAAGAAGCCUCUGAAUGAACACUGUUGCUGUGUAACCGUCUCUGACCGUCACAACAUGCUAACAGCUCAAUUUCCAGGCAGCAGAGAGACGAUAUUCUACAGUAAGAUAUUCCUGGAUGAUUCCAUCAAUUGUUGAUAAGAACUGCUAAUCCACCUCCUUUGCUUUUGCCGCUCCUCUUUAAAUCUGUGGCCCGAUGCUGUACAUCCCACAGUAAAAAAUCCAGGCAGAGAGACGUUGGAGUCGGAAUUGGUUUGAACUUCCUUCUCUCUCUGCUCUGUAUCCAUGAAGCCUUUCCAACUCCUCUGCCAUCUGGGGUCACAGUUCACAUAUUAUUUGAGCUUUUGUGAUGCAAAUCAGCUAGUUGUAAAAAAAAAACAAAAAACUAAACUUGUUACCAUGGUUACACAUCAUUUCAACUGUCCAAAAGUAAAAACGUCAGAGCGGAAAUCCUCCCUUUGCACAGCAUCCAAAACCAGAGGGAAUAGCGGCCUCAACCAAAAACAUGAUAAACCAAAAGUGAACUCUGAUAUCCUACUGCAUAAAACAAACAGCAUUUCAGGAAAGGAACAUCCCAGUCAAACAUGGUGGCGGUGGUGUGAUGCUGCGGGCUUUGUUUCUGUUCUGUCAAAUAGAUUCUAAUCUCUAGCAGAAAAUCCAGACGAAGACUGUCUGCUUUCUGAGUGGCCUAGUUAAAGCUCUGGUUUAAUCUGAACGCUGUAUUUACUCAGAUAAAGAGCAGAGCAGCAUGAGUCUCAUUGGAGAGGAGAGGAGCAUCCCCGGUAUUGAACGCGCAGCGUGAUCGCGCACGCACAGUACGUGCCGUGUCGUGUCGUGUCGCCCCGUGGCGGGUAUAAACCGGCUGCGUCAAGCCCACACCGCGACGACAGACAGUAACUGCCUCCAACCAACCAACCCGCUCUGAGCUCGCAUCACACACGGACACGCGCCCGCGCACGCCGACGCACACACACACAUAAAAAGGUGGCGGCGGCGCUCAGAGCUCCAGAGCGGGCUGGAACGGGUCCCUCAUAUUCCCUUCAUACUUCCAUCUAUUUUUAUAUGCACUAACUCCGCCAUUAUGCUGUGGACAGCGACUCAAGUCUUAAGGAAAUUCUCCACCUCUUCCCAUUACUACCAGAAUAAGCUAAAACUGGCCAUUAUUGGUCAGAGUCUGUUUGGCCAAGAGGUGUACAGUAACCUGAGGAAGCAGGGUCACAAGGUUGUGGGUGUGUUCACAGUUCCUGACAAAGAUGGCAAGGCCGACCCCCUGGCUGUGGCAGCGGAGAAGGACGGGACGCCCGUGUUCAAAUUUACGAGGUGGCGCGUCAAAGGGCAGCCUGUCCCAGACGUGGUGGAUGCGUAUAAGUCGGUGGGCGCAGAGCUCAACGUCAUGCCCUUCUGCUCCCAGUUCAUCCCCAUGAACGUAAUCGACCAUCCCCGGCACGGCUCCAUCAUCUACCACCCGUCCAUCUUACCGCUGCACAGAGGAGCUUCUGCCAUCAACUGGACCCUUAUUCACGGUGACAAAAAAGCUGGCUUCAGCGUGUUCUGGGCCGACGACGGCCUGGACACGGGUCCCAUCCUGCUGCAGAGGGAAUGCAGUGUGGAGCCCAACGACACGGUGGACACGCUGUACAACCGCUUCCUCUUCCCAGAGGGCAUCAAAGCCAUGGUGGAGGCGGUGCAGCUCAUCGCUGAUGGAAAGGCGCCUCGAAUCCCCCAGACAGAGGAAGGAGCGAGUUACGAGGGCAUCCAGAAGAAAUCCAACUCCAGGGUGGACUGGGCCCAGCCAGCUGAGGCCAUCCACAACUGGAUCCGCGGCCAUGACAAAGUCCCCGGAGCGUGGACCGUCAUCGAUGGUCAGCCUGUGACCCUUUAUGGCUCGUCCAUGUUGGGGGGGUCGGUACCUGCCGGUCAGGCCUUGGAUAUUGAGGGGGCCUCCCAACCCGGCCUCGUCACCAAGUCUGGGCUGGUUCUGUAUGGAACCGAUGGGAACGCCCUCCUGGUCAAGAAUCUGCAGUUUGAAGACGGAAAGAUGAUUCCUGCUUCCAAGUAUUUCUCCUCAGGAGAAAGCUCCAGCGUGGAGCUGACCGACAACGAGAAGAAGAUGGCUGAGGAAAUCAAGAACAUCUGGAAGGGAAUCCUCAGCAAUGUGGGCACCAUCGAGGAAACGACAGACUUCUUCAAGUCCGGAGCCGCUUCCAUGGACGUUGUUAGGUUAGUGGAGGAGGUCAAGCAGAAGUGUGCAGGCGUCCAGCUGCAAAACGAGGACGUGUACAUGGCCACCACCUUCCAUGACUUCAUCCAGAUGUUCGUCCGCAAGCUCCGAGGGGAGGACCAGGAGGAGGAGCUGGUCGUCGACUACGCAACCAGAGAAGUGAACAACAUGAUGGUGAACAUGCCGUACCAGUGCUUCAUCGACGGAAAGUUUGAGGAUGCAGAAAAUGGCAAGAGCUACGACACCAUUAAUCCAACCGAUGGAUCUGUGAUCUGUAAGGUGUCGUAUGCAUCAGUGGCAGAUGUGGACCGUGCUGUGGCUGCUGCUAAAGAAGCUUUUGAUUUUGGGCCAUGGGGCAGGAUGAACCCCAGAGACAGAGGAAGCCUGCUCUAUAAGCUUGCCGACCUGAUGGAGGAACACCAGGAGGAGCUGGCCACUAUUGAGUCCAUUGACUCAGGAGCCGUUUACACGCUCGCCCUGAAGACACACGUGGGCAUGUCCAUCCAGACCUUCCGCUACUUUGCAGGCUGGUGUGACAAAAUCCAGGGCAAGACGAUCCCCAUCAACCAAGCCAGACCCAACCGGAACCUGACCUUCACCAAGAAAGAACCUCUGGGAGUUUGUGCCAUAGUUAUUCCAUGGAACUACCCUCUGAUGAUGCUGGCCUGGAAGAGCGCAGCCUGUCUGGCAGCUGGAAACACACUGGUCCUUAAACCUGCUCAGGUAACUCCUCUGACCGCUCUGAAGUUUGCUGAGCUUUCUGUGAAAGCCGGAAUCCCAAAAGGAGUCAUCAAUAUUCUGCCAGGCUCAGGCGGCAUGGUGGGUCAGAGACUCUCUGACCACCCGGACAUCCGCAAGCUGGGCUUCACCGGCUCCACUCCAAUCGGCAAACAGAUCAUGAAGAGCUGUGCGCUCAGCAACCUGAAGAAAGUUUCUCUGGAGCUGGGGGGAAAAUCUCCCCUCAUCAUCUUCAGCGACUGCGACAUGGACAAGGCGGUUCGCAUGGGCAUGAGUUCAGUGUUUUUCAACAAAGGGGAGAACUGCAUUGCUGCUGGACGCCUGUUUGUGGAGGAGUCCAUCCAUGAUGAGUACAUCAGCCGAGUGGUAGAGGAGAUCAAGAAGAUGAAGAUUGGAGACCCUCUGGACCGCUCCACAGACCACGGUCCCCAAAACCACAAAGCUCACCUGGACAAACUGCUGGAGUACUGCGAGACAGGAGUGAAGGAAGGAGCCACACUGGUGUAUGGAGGCAAACAAGUUGACAGGCCAGGUUUCUUCAUGGAACCCACUGUGUUCACUGAUGUAGAGGACCACAUGUUCAUUGCUAAAGAGGAGUCCUUUGGUCCUGUCAUGGUUGUGUCCAAAUUCAAAGAUGGCGAUGUGGACGGUGUGCUUCAGAGAGCCAAUGACACAGAGUAUGGCCUGGCCUCAGGCGUGUUCACGCGGGACAUCAGCAAAGCCAUGUAUGUCAGCGAGCGACUGGAGGCUGGAACCGUGUUCAUAAACACCUACAACAAGACCGAUGUCGCCUCGCCUUUUGGAGGCUUCAAGCAGUCAGGCUUCGGCAAAGACCUCGGAGAGGACGCCCUCUUGGAAUACCUCAAAACCAAAGCAGUGACUGUGGAGUACUGAGCCUCCAGAUUUUACAAUGAACUCCGACUCACUUCCUGAAAGAAAAGGAACUCGUGCAUUUUCACCUAGACUGUACCAGCAGCUACAGAGAACUCCGUUGUUCUUCUGGGCCACUUGAGCUUUCUUGGAAAUAUUACACAUAUCUUGAACAAAUUUAAGGUUUUUUGUUAUUGUUUUAUACAUGUGAACUUGCAUUCAAGGUCUUAUAUUGAUGCCACCCCACCUGUGGGAAGCAAAUCUUUGGUUGUUUGCAAAAUUGAGGUUCUUCAGGGUUAAGCAAUGGAGAAAGAAGAAAAUACUGUGAGCUUAAAGACAUCACUCCUUACAAUGUUUGGCCUUUCUCAGCAUCAUGAACUUGUAAAGCUGCCUUCAGUUUUCUCAUUGUACCGUUUCUUUACCCUGUUUCACGGUAUGAAGAGCCAAAAUGGAGACUAUUGCCCACCCAAUGGUGGCUAUUCCUUGUCACAGGAGACGAUAUUCAUUCCAAAGCCUGCUACUGAAAUGAGAAGGAGAGUACUCACUUGUGUUAGCAUUGGAAAGGCUAGUGACUAGCAUGUCCAGGCUGCUCAUCCAUUGGAUUUCCUACUCCCUCUGCUGUCAUAGGCUGGUGUUAACAUUUGAGAAGCUAACGUCAACCUCUGGUCUAGAAACCUACAUUUUUUUCUUUUUACAGCAAAACUUUAAGAAACACAGUUGACAUACAAUAUCAGUAAACGGUAUGCUCGGGACGAUACCUCUCAGUUAUGCGAAGUUCACACAAGAAGAUUUUUAUGCAGAUUUUUGGCCCAAUUUCCCCCUUCUGACAAUCUUAAGUACUACCUGAUUAAUAAGAAGUAUUCCUACCAUGUGUGAUGUGCUAAGAGUGAAUGUAGUCCAUUCGGAAGGACAUCGGAAUCGCUCCCAACUAAAAUCGGGAAUAUUCAACAUGUUGGAUUGUCUUGGCCCGAUGUCGCAAAGCUGUGUGUGGUGUUCCCUGAGGACAAACAACAGACAACACUGUCUUCAAUAACUCUUUGAAGAAUCUAAAUUAAAGAGUUGAAUCAACAUUUAAUUUCCCUUUGGGAUUAAUAAAAUAUUUUUGAAUUUGAAACCAGAACGCAGCCUGUUGAAUGUGACAUGGAACUCAGAAUGCGAAGCUACGGAAACAUGGAAUUCUAAAUAAAAAAGACAAAACCAGAAAGACCAGUGGAUGUCAGAAAUGAUUUUUUUUGUAUAGUUUUUUCUCUGUUAAACAUAAUCCAUCGCCGUUGCUUCUUCCCAGGCAGCCAUGUUUGUUUACUCUGAACUCAUGUUUGGUCUCGAAAGGUUUUGCAAGAUUUCCCGUCCGACAUCUGAAUGUUGUUAACUGAAAUCAGCUCACGUGUGGUGUGUUGCUCCUGGCCUGCGGCUCGACACCACACACACUGUACGGCCAAACCUGUUAUACAUGCGACAAGGAAGUAGACACUACUGGGUUUGCAAUAGUCUUAAUUUUGGUCCCAGUAAUGGGUCAUAGUGUCAAAGGAAGCCUUUGAGCUGUUGUAUGUUACAGCAGAAACUGAACAGUUCUUCACUCUUGGACAAAGUGAAUGUUUUUAUGAUCCCGUGUGUCUGUAUGCAUUUUUAGUCAAAUACAGCCAAUUCUACACUGGGUUGAACUAAACAAACUUGCCAGGUAGGGAAGUUCCAAGUUAUUUAACUAUAAGCAUUUGUCCAUAGUUCUGUGAAAUAAACUCUGUCUUCACAGUAGUAAUGGUU